CACGAGAGCGACCAGUUGCCCGGGAGAGCGGUUGAACAAAAUGCGCGUUUGAAUGAUUGUUUUUCUCUGUCCCGUUCGCAGCUAGCUGUCAAACGAGCAGCUACAAACGUCAAACACUCUCAUUUGUUCCGCGAGAAGUUGCAAAAACCAGCGCAUCGCACGUUUAGUUUCGAAGAAGGGAAAAUAAUGUUUGAAACGCAAAUCAUCCACACCGAACAUAAAGACGUAAUCCACGAUGUGGCGUACGAUUACUACGGGCAACGCAUGGCAACCUGCAGCAGCGACCAGUACGUGAAGGUAUGGGAUCAAAACGAGCAGGGCGUGUGGAGUGUAACGUCUAGCUGGAAAUCACAUUCCGGGUCGGUUUGGCGUUUGUCAUGGGCACACCCGGAAUUUGGACAGGUACUGGCAACCAGCUCGUUCGACCGUACCGUCUCGGUUUGGGAGGAAACGGUGGGAGAAAAGACCAACCCGGCCAUGCCGCCGCUUAAGCGCUGGGUACGUCGUACCAAUUUGGUUGAUUCCCGGACGAGUGUGACGGAUGUGAAGUUUGCACCAAAAUCGCAAGGCCUAAUGCUAGCUGCAUGCUCAGCGGAUGGCGUUAUCCGCAUCUACGAAGCACCGGACAUCAUGAACCUGUCGCAGUGGACGUUAUCGCACGAGAUUAGCGUAAAGAUUCCGCUCAGCUGUCUUACGUGGAAUCCGUCCAUGUUUCGGCUGCAUCCCGCAAUGAUUGCUGCAGGAAGUGAUGAUUCGUCGCAAAGUACCGGUGGCAAGGUGUUCAUAUUUGAAUACAGUGAGAAUGCAAGGCGCUGGGCGAAAACUGAGACGAUAAAUUCCAUCACUGAACCGGUGCAUGAUAUAGCGUUCGCACCGAAUGUGGGGCGCAGUUAUCACAUUUUGGCCGUCGCCAGUAAGGAUGUUCAGAUAUUCAACCUUAAACCAAUUCUCGAUCCGACGGCUAACUCGAGACUGGAAAUACAACCGGCGGCUCAGUUUGGCGACCAUUACUGCACUGUAUGGCGCGUAACAUGGAACAUCACGGGGACGAUGCUAGCCUCGACUGGUGAUGAUGGAUGUGUUCGAAUGUGGAAAAUGAAUUAUUUAAAGAAUUGGCGCUGUGCCGCGGUGCUUAAGGCGGAAAACUCCGAAUCGGCUCCGGAAACAUCGGUAACUGCUUCGCUAAAGUCUAGUAUAGUGAAUGCAACGGCUAAAUAUUACAAGAGAGGCACAAUCAGCCAUCCGGGGCAAGUACCACGACAUUAGUGGGCUUUGCAACGUGGUACAGGAAAUAGAAGAAAUUCCAUGCUUUUGGACGAUUUGGAAAAAGAGUUCGGGGAGAAUAAACGUUAGCAAGAAGUAAAAAUAUCGUACA